UCUCUCUCUUUUGAUCUCGAAACCCUAACACCAAAUCCCUCUCUUUUGCCUCUACGUUCGAUUCGACCUCAAUCUCUGCGAUCGCUCGUCGGCUUCUCACCCAUUCCUUCGCUCGAUUUCUUAUAAUCGCGACGUUGAUUAUUUUGAAACGGAUCUUAUCUGCUCGACCUUCCGAUGGCCGAAGGCAAGCUUGCUCUUCCCGAUGAUCUUCUCUCCUCCAAACCCUCUGAUCAGUCUUCGACCCCUAAAGUGGAAGCUCCUGGAGGCAAUGGUAAGGUUAAAAUGAUGAGUUUGCUAGAGGAUUCCAAAGUUGCAGCUGAAGAUCAAGCAGCUUUGGACAGCAGCAUACCUUUGUCUCCUCAGUGGCUUUAUGCUAAACCAAGUGAGAGUAAGAUGGACAUACGUGCACCAAGUUCUCUUUCUGUUGGGAGUUCUGCUGAUUUAAACUCAAAGGAGGUUUGGCGUUCAGAUGGACUGGAUGACAAGAAAGAUUGGAGGAAAGUCGCAAGUGAAACAGAGAGUGGCCGCCGUUGGCGUGAAGAAGAAAGAGAAACAGGCUUACUUGGUAGAAGAGAGCGCAGAAAAACUGAUCGUCGUGUUGAUGCUGGUAGAGAAACCACUGACAGUAGAGCUCCACCUCCUUCUGAUAAGUGGCAUGAUGCUGGUAACCGCAAUUCGGGACACGAGGCCCGGCGUGAUAGCAAGUGGUCUUCUAGGUGGGGUCCGGAUGAGAAAGAAAAGGAAGCUCGAACUGAAAAGAGGCCCGGCGCAGAGAAGGAAGAUGCCCAUAAUGAUACUCAAGCACAUGCAAGUAGUACUAAAUUACUUCCUGAACGUGAUCCAGAUUCCCGUGAUAAAUGGAGGCCACGCCACAGAUUUGAGGCAAAUCCUAGCGCACCAGGUUCCUUUCGUGCUGCACCCGGAUUUGGUCUCGAGAGAGGACGCAUUGACGGUUCAAACAUGGGUUUUGCCAUUGGACGUGGCAGAGCUAGUGGAACAAUUGGAAGACCUUCAUCUACAGGUUCGAUUGAGAGGAACAUAACUGUCAGUGGCACGCCAGGUGUUUUUGCUGAUGUGUUCUUCUAUCCAAGGGGCAAGCUUCUUGAUGUAUAUCGUAUACUGAGGCCUGAUCCCUCUUUUGCUAGCAUGCCUGAAAAGAUCGAGGAUGUACCUUCUGUAACAGUAAUGACUGCAAUAGAACCCCUUGCUUUUGUUGCUCCUGAUGCUGAAGAAGAGGCUAUUCUCGGGGAUAUAUGGAAGGGGAAAAUCACCAGUAGUGAGGUGUCUUACAAUUCAUUUAGAAAAGUCAAGUCUGAAAAUAGUGCAGAUGUCGAUGGUCUUGGAUCUACCAAUGGAAAAGAUGAUGCUCUUUCAGUGGAGGAGAAAACUGAUUCAAACAAGGAUAUUCAUCAAACAGAUGCUUAUGGCAGUCUGCACUAUGAUGGUCCUGAGAUGGAAUUGGUGGAGGGGCGAGAUGGUAGUUGGCAUGGAGAAGAAAGGAUCUGUGAGGAUGUUACAGAUUCGGCUUCUGCAAGGCACCAGCUGUUUGAAGAUGCCCAGUUAUCUUCAACAUGUGACACCAGUACCAAACAUCCUAAUGAUUCACCCUCUCUCUUUGUUACACCCUCGUCUGAGCUACAUUGGACAGGAAAUAUGCAGCCGUUGGAAAGUAAUAUGGAUGGAUCUUCAACCAUGGACAUCCAUCCGGAGGACUUAAGUCUUUUUUAUCGUGACCCUCAAGGGGAGGUCCAAGGACCAUUUCUUGGCGUUGACCUCAUUUCCUGGUUUGAGCAAGGAUUUUUUGGGGCAGAUUUACCAGUUCGUGUGGCAGAUGCUCCGGAGGAAACUCCUUUCCAGGAAUUAGGCGAAGUUAUGCCGCACUUGAAAGGUAGACAUGACUAUGCAACCAGCAAUGGUCCAAGUCCCAACAUGGAACAGUCUGGUUCUUUUGAGGGGAACAUGGAUGCCGGUGUUAGUAUGCCUGCUGAUUCUGAAAUGGUGUUUUCGACUUCAUCACGUGAUCCCCAAAGGCAAUUAUCUGGGUUUAAUGGUUUAUCAGUAAAGCAUGAUCAACCAAGAAUGUUUGAGCCAGAAGGCCCUUCUCAACUUCCAUAUUUAGAGGGUCAUGCCUUCCGUGGAGAAGAAAUUGUUUUCCCUGGAGGACCUGGUAGCACUGGUGAUCAUAUGGGGAACACUUCAAGGGGUGCUGGUGAUUCUUCUGCAAAUUUUCUGAAUAACCGCACUGUUCCAACUGACUUGUCUGAACCUGGCUUAUUGAAUCCUAAAGAUAGUAAAUUUCAUCCUUUUGGGUUGUUAUGGUCUGAGCUUGAAGGAUCAAGUUUAAGGAAUGAUCAGCCAUCUAAUAUACCCAUCACUGGUGGCAUUCAGCAACAACUUAUGAACCCUGUAGGUCGAAGGGAUGCUGCAUUUAAUGCAAUGCAUGAAUCUACUCAUGCUGCUGAUACGUGGCCUGAUGUUUACAGAAGGAAUGCACUUUCUGAAACGAACUUGUACCAAGAUCCAAUUGAUGCUCGUCAGUUGUCACAUAUUGAUCAAGGAGCCAAUCACUUUGAUUUGGCAGAGAAACUUAGGUCUCAAAAAAUUCAACAGCAGCUGCUCCAACAGCACAAUCUGCUGUCUACACACUCCCGUUUGAACGAAUCAAUGCUGGAUCAAGUUCCAAGUCGAAAUACCAUAAACCCACAGCAGUUAGCAGGUCAAACUGGGCAAGAUCUGGACCACUUUUUGGCACUUCAGUUGCGACAGCAGCAGCAGCAGCAGCAGCGGCAGAUUCAGCUUCAACAGCUUCAAAUGCAGCCACAGCGGUUCCAUCAACAGAAAAUGCUACUGAAGGAGCAGCAAUCUCGUCAGCUGCUUCUUGAGCAAUUGGUACAAAACCAGAUGCAUGAUGGCCUUGGACAAUCAUUUGCUGAUGCUGGAGGACACAGUAGUGCAAUCGAUCAGAUUCUUCUGAAGCACCAGAUUUUGAAUGAACUACAACAGCAUUCGCUGCAUCAGCCCAGUCAUGUGGACCCAUCAAUAGAACACCUGCUUCAAGCAAAAUAUGGUCAACCACUCCAUCAAGGGCAUCCGAAUGAUCUCUUGGAGCUAGUAGCACGUGCAAAACAUGGACAUAUGCCAUCUUUAGAACAACAGAUACUUCAGCAUGAUCAGUUUAAUGGGAGACAGCUACCUAUGGGGUUGAGGCAGAGGGUUGAAAUGGAGGAAGAGAGGCAGCUUGGUUCUGGAUGGCCUGUAGAUGAAAGUGGCCAGUUUCUCAGAAACGCUGGUAGUCAUCACCGAGCUAAUUCUGUUGGAACUGGUCUUUUAGAUUUCUAUCAGGAACAGCAAAGACCAUCGCCUGAGGAAUUGAGUCAUCUUGAACGGAAUCUAUCAAUACAAGACCGACUUCAGCGUGGUCUUUAUGGCUCUAACCUUCCAUUUGAACACUCGUUAUCUAUGCCCGGUGGUCGUCAAGGAACGAACCUUGAUGUUCUAAAUUCUAUAGCUCGGGCUCAAAGUUUAGAUACACAGGAGCCGAAUGCUCGCUUGCACCAUGCUGAGCAAGUAGGCGGGUUUUCUCCAGGUGUCUUCCCUCAUCAAUCUCAUCAUCCUUUGGGCUCUAAUCACUUGCAUCCCUCAAAUUCCAAUGAGAUGGAGGGAGCGUGGUCUGGAAGUAAUGCGCAAAUAUCAAACGAUUGGAUGGAGUCAAAGAUUCAGCAAAUGCAUAUUAGUAACGGAAGGCAGAAAAGAGAGAUGGAGCACAGGACUUCAGCCGAUCCAAGUUUUUGGAUGUCAGCUGAAAGCAGCAAUGACACUUCAAAAAGGUUGCUUAUGGAUCUACUGCAUCAGAAACCAGGCAAUCAGUCUACUGAACAGUUGGAUAUAAAUAGCCGGGUUCCUUUUGAGAGAAAGGCACCUUCUGUUCCUCAUUCUAGGUCAAACACUUUGAAUCAUUCUUUUAACCUCUCUGAUCAAGAAGUCAGGCUGACCCACCCAUUCACUGUAGGAUCUUAUGACUCUAACUCAGGUGCACCACCACAGAUGUCAGUUGGUUUGGAAGGCAUCGAUAGAUUUCUUCUAAGAUCUAAUUCUGGAGCAAUGCAUGAAGGGAGUCCAUUCUUCUCCGGUGUGAAUGAAUCCUCUCAGGCAGUUUAUACAAACUCCAACAUGGAACGAGACUUCUUGGACAUGGAGGCAAAAAGGAAAUUACUUAAAAGUGAAAGUAGUGUUGUUCAGAGUUCAGCUACAGAACGUGGAGAUGUGAUUCAACAGGGUGGUGUUAUUGCUAUUGAUCGUGACAAAAUGCCAAUUAAUGCUGUUGGCAGGCAUGGCUCGCUUGGCAGUGCUGGUGACAAUGCAGGGUUAUACAACAAGGUUGGAUCUUCUGAUUCUAUUGCAGGAGAGGCCAAAAAUCGGCUGUCCACUAACUCGGAAAAUAUUCUACUGAAACGUCCACCAGUCUCACGAGUAUCAUCAUCCCAGGAAGGGUUAUCCGAGCUGGCAUGUGAUUCAACUGUCAGACAGAAAAAUGUCCUCAGUAUGCCUGCUACUGCUGCUGAAGGUGGAAAACGGGAGGCAAGUGGAAACACAUUCACCCAAGUCUCGGAAAACAUGGCAAGUGGCAAGAAAGACACCCGUUUUAGGAGAGCAUCAUCCUGUAGCGACGCUGAUGUCUCGGAGACGGCAUCUUUCAGUGACAUGCUUAAAAGCAAUGGGAAGAAGGGGGUGCCAUUGCCAGAGAGUAACACAAUAGCUUCUGCUUCAUUGGAGGGCGGAGAUGGACAGGGGGGUAAAAGUGGGAAAAAGAAAGGGAAAAAAGGAAGGCAAAUUGACCCGGCUCUUCUUGGGUUUAAGGUUACGAGCAACCGCAUCAUGAUGGGUGAGAUUCAACGUUUCGAAGACUAAUGUUUUGUUUGUACAAAAAUUUUGUGCAUAGCUUUUGUUGAUUUUUUUAUUCAUAUUGUAUUUAAUUUUAAGGCUCCCAUUUUGCAUCCUGAUUUGGCGAUGUUGGGUUGGGGAUGCAUGAGGUAGCAAUAGCAUAGAGUUUGUACAGACAGAUGUUUUGCUUUGAGAUGGAUCUAAAUAAAGUUGGGUAUGCAUAGUGUCAUUUUGAUCU